CUAGCUUAUUAUAGAAUGCACAAUUAACUCGCCACCAUUCUCUCUUGACCUCUCCUUCCAUUUUGGCCACCUUCCUUUGGUUUGAGCGCUCCGCCAUUCCCCCGUCGCUGCUCCUCUUGCAUUCCUCGAUCCACAAAAGGGCGAACAGCAUAACAGAUCAGAACUUUUUUGGCACAUUUUUUAUGUUCUUGGUCCACGAACAAGAAGGCAACAAGGCGAGGAUCGGAGGCCACUGGCGAUGCACGCCGCCCUCUUCUUCUUGCUCUCCUUGACCAGCGCCUCCGCGUCCGUCCUCGCCGCCCUCGCGUCUUCCUAAGCUCCGCUCCACCGGCGACGAUUGGUCGAUGGCGCCGCCCCAGGAGGGGGAUCAGUGCGGGAGCCCGGCCGGCAGCGUGUUGAUCUGGGUGGUGACGGUGCUGCUGCUCCUCGCCGUGCUUGGCGGCGGCGGGUGCCUCGUGGCCUACGUCAUGCUGCCGCCGAGCGAGGCGCCCGGAUGGAUCCCCUGCGUCGGCCUGGGCCUCGUGGCGCUCCCCUGGGCGUUCUGGCUCGCCACCGUCGCCUACCGGUGCGUCACGGCGCGCUCGGCCGACCGCGCCGUGGCGCCCGCGGCCGCCGCCGGCAGCUAAUUGUAAUUGGGCUCUUUCAUUACUGAAGAGUAGGUAACCAUUGUGGAUGUUAGUAUCGAAUCUGUUGUCAGUAAAAAUGCAUUUAGCAAGGAG